AUGAUUAAACGUUUGACAUUUGCAGACGAGAAGGAGAGAAAGAGCGAGACGAAACCUGGAGAGAGCAUCGAUAAAUUGUUCAUACACAUGGCAACCGCAGUGGCAAAAGUUGGAAAAUCAGUUCACCGCAUUUUUGUGGGCAAUCUUCCUUGGACGGUGGGUCAUCAAGAGUUGCGAGGCUAUUUCAAAGAAUUCGGGCGCGUGGUUAACGCGAACGUCAUAUUUGACAAGAAAACAGGCUGCUCCAAGGGCUACGGCUUUGUGAGCUUCAACAGUUUGCAAGCACUCGAAAAGAUUGAAAACGAACAGAAGCACAUAUUGGAGGGCAAUUAUUUGAACAUACAUAAGUCAUAAAUGCAAUACAA